AUGACGUUGCUUUACGGCCUGGGAAUUGGUCCCGGUGGCCACCCGCCCCGCGCUAUGAGGCUCUUCAGCUGGUGGCCGGUGGUGUUGUGGGUACUCGGGCCGCCCGUCCGCGGCUUGGAAGUUGCAGAAGAAAGUGGUCAUAUAUGGUCUGAGGAGCAGCCUGCUCACUCUGUCCAGACGGGGGCUGUAUAUCUGACUGAGGAAGACCCCCAACAUGGCCCAACGGGCCAGGACAUGUCAGCAGAAGAGGACAGUACAGUGCUGGGACUGGAAAGCAAUGGUGAUCACAUGGUGAUGUUGUCUGUGAUUCCGGGGGAAGCCGAGGACAAACCUAACUUGGAGUCGAGUGGUGGCACCUGCAGGGCUGGAGAUGAGGAAGACUCUAGGUGCAGUCUCAGGAAGAGCCUCUUUUCUCUGGAUAGCUCUGGAACAAGCUUCCCAGAUAAAGAGGAGGAGGAUUACACAGAGCCAGAAGUGGCAGAGUCUGAACAACCCCCGGCAGAGGAGUCCAAUAACACUGAAAGUCUCAGAUCUCCAAAGGUGAACUGUGAGGAGAGAAAUGUGACCGAAUUAGAAAACUUUACCUUGAAAUUUUUAAAUAUGUCACAGGACCUUAUGGAUUUUCUAAAUCCAAACGGUAGUGACUGCACGCUGGUCCUGUUUUAUACCCCGUGGUGCCGAUUUUCUGCCAGUUUGGCUCCUCAUUUUAAUUCUUUACCCCGGGCAUUUCCAACUCUUCAUUUUUUGGCACUGGAUGCCUCUCAGCACAGCAGCCUUUCUACCAGGUUUGGUACUGUAGCUGUUCCUAAUAUUUUAUUAUUUCAAGGAGCUAAGCCAAUGGCUAGAUUUAAUCAUACUGACCGAACAUUGGAAACUCUGAAGAUCUUCAUUUUUAAUCAGACUGGUAUAGAAGCCAAGAAAAAUGUGGUGGUAACUCAAGCUGACCAAAUAGGCCCUCUUCCUAGCACUUUGAUAAAAAGUGUGGACUGGUUGCUUGUAUUUUCUUUAUUCUUUUUAAUCAGCUUUAUUAUGUACGCUACUAUGCGAACUGAGAGCAUUCGAUGGCUAAUUCCAGGACAAGAACAGGAACAUGCAGAGUAA